AUGAGGGACUUGGUCAAUGAGGAUAGUAAGUGGAAGCUAGAUUGUGGACAAUUUAAGGCUGGCUUUUAUGGGGAGUGUGAGAAAAGGAUCAUAAGAGCAUUCCCGGGAACAAACUUGAGGGCUCAUCCUCAUAUUGAUUCAAAAAUUAAGGCAUGGAGGAAGCAAUACCAUCUGUUGCAAGACAUGCUGAAAUUAAGUGGUUUUGGAUGGGAUGACACGGAAAAGAUGAUAUUGGUUGAUAGUGAUGAUGUCUGGGAAAACUUCGUGAGGAGUCAUUCUGAUGCAAAAGGAAUGAGAAAUAAGCCUCAUCCGUACUUUGAAGAAUGGCUGCACUUGUUUGGCAAUGAUAGGGCAAAUGGGGACUUAGCUGAGGGACCGGCCGAUACAAUGGCUGCAAUGGAAAGGGAGGCUGCCACUGAAGAACUUGGAUAUGAGAGUCCUACUUCUGGUUUGGGUACGAGUUUCAUGGAUUAUUCCAUGCCAGAGGGACCUAAUGUGGGCAACUCACAUGGCGGACAAUCCUCUGUCCCACCUUCCUCCAAUGUUGCUGGUAAGAAAAGGAAAAGAGCUGCCGAUGGGAUAACUAAGGGACUUUCUGACAUGGCUGAAGCAUUUGGGACAUUCUUCGAAAAUACCAACACUAGAAUGGGUGAGAUAGGUCACAGGAUGGGGUAUGAUGAGGACCUCUCCCUACAAAGGAAACAAGUUAAUGCUGAACUUAUGGACCACCCACUUGACUGGGAACAAAGGUUGAGGGCUGCCACUCUAAUUGUCCAAGAGGCCCAACGCGUGGACUUGUUUUUUAGCUUUCCAAAGGAGGAUCAAGUUGGGUGGGUCGCGCUUUUGCUGGCAGGGGCCAUCUAGAAGGAUGUCUAUGGUCUUAGCUUUUGGGGGAUUCAAAAAGAUGAUGUUAUUGGGAUAAUAUGAACUUGAACUUGUUAUAACUAUGAUGACUGUAAGAUUAAG